AUGAAAAAAGAAGCGUCACCCGAUAUUCACGAGGUGCACGAGGUUGGAGAGAUCGAGGAGGUGCAGUAUGACGUACCUGAGAUCCAUCUGUCUGCAGCAGCUGAACUGGACUCCACAGAGCCCUUCCAAGUCUACUAUCACUAUGCCGCCAUUCAGCGAGCUCGAGAAGACGCACUUCCAAAAUCGCCAUUCUCAUCUCUAUUCGACAAGUACCGAAAGAAGAAGCCUGAACCAGAGGAGCGCUCUGACGAAUCCCACAGCAGUUCAGAAGGAACUUUUUCUCCAGACUGCGAGAAAACAGUUCUGGACCAGAUUCCCGGUGCCAAAACCGAACUGGCAGUUGCAAACAUGUCGCUACGAACAGCUACUUGGAUGUCCGUCUUCUUUCUCACCACUACAGAUAUUCUAGGCCCUUCGGCUUCACCAUGGGCUAUCUCUCAGCUGGGCUGGUUCCCGGGUGUUAUGCUUUUCAGUGUACUUGGAGGUGCUGCUGUCUACACAGGCUGGCUCAUCUACAGAAUGUUUCUCAAACUCGACUCUCCAGAGUUUCCCAUGAAGACCUUUGGAGACCUGGCUCUGAGAGUGUACGGCAAAGGUUUCAGAUGGGGGGUGGACGUGCUCCAGAGUCUACAGCUGCUGUGCAAUGUUGCCGUUAUCAUUCUCUCCAACGGCCAGGGUCUGUCUCAGAUUUACAGUCCGCUAUGUUUCUCUGUCUGGUGUAUCAUCUUCAUGCUUGCUGGUAUUCUCCUUGGCCAAAUCCGGGGACUCUCCAACUUCUCGUACAUCGCCAACGCCGCCAUCUGGAUGAACCUGUUUGUUGUCUUUUCAACCAUGGGUAUCGCAGGAACCAAACCCCCCAAUUAUGUUGGAGGAGCCAAGCAAAAUGGUCUGCCCAACUCCACCGACCCUGUGCGAACUCGAGCCAUUGAAAAUGUACCCUUCCAGACCCAGCUCAACGCCGUCAUGAAUAUUGUGUACUCAUACGGAGGAGCCAUGGUGUUUGUGGAAUUUCUGUCGGAAAUGAGAAAGCCCAGGGAGUUUCUCAAGGGAAUGCUUUCUGCCCAGGGGGUCAUCUUCGUGUGCUACCUGCUCUACGGACUUCUGGUCUACGCCUACCAAGGACAGUACACAAUGAACCCGGCCAACCAGGGCCUGGGGUCUUACAACUGGCAGACUGCAGUUAACGUAGUGUCGCUGGUGUCUGCGCUUAUUGGAGCAGGUCUCUAUGGAAACGUCGGUGUCAAGGUGGUCUACAUCACUCUCCUGAGACGAGCAAUGCCGUUUCUACCUAAUCUGGAGAUUGGAUUAAAGGGUCGAAUAACAUGGGGACUCAUGGUGUUUCUUUUCUGGGCUCUUGCCUUCGUUCUGGCCUCCGCCAUACCCCAGUUUUCGGCACUCACUUCUCUUGUGGGAGCAGCUUGCAUCCUCCAGUUCUCGUACACCUUUCCGCCUCUCAUGUAUAUGGGUCUGACGAUUCGAGAAGAGGCCUCCAAGCUUGAUAUAGUAGACAUGGAGACCAGAAAGGUGACUAAGUACGACUCAUGGAAGACCCUGGCCCGGUGGAAGAGAGGAGUGUUGUCCCGGCCGUGGUGGGUUCUAGUCAACUUCACAUUAUUCCUGUGCUCAGCGGCAACUGGAAUUCUGGGUAUCUACUCAUCAGUCUACUCGCUGGUGCAAGCCUUUGACGCCCCUGGAGCUGCCACUGUCGCCUUUGGAUGCAAGUCUCCUGUUGCUUGA